CUGCUCUCCGCUUGAUCCCAGGAUCCACCCAUUCAGCCCGACCAUGCUUUUCUGGCACAGCCAGCCCGAGCACUACUGGCCAGGUCCAGGGGAGAUGUACCCGUGCUCUGGCAACAACCUGCUCAGGGAGCCCCUGGCACUGCCCUUUCUGAAGCAGGAGGAGCAGAACAACAUCUCCACUUCAGCAGAGCUGCACUGCCCUGCUUUCCAGUAUGUGCUCUGCGCCGCCACCUCACCUGCCAUCAAGCAACAUGAGGAGACCCUCACCUACCUGAACCAAGGCCAGCCCUACGAGAUCCGGCUGCUGUGCAACCCCAAGCUGGGAGACUUCUCUGAGUGCCGCAAGCUGCUGAAGAGCGUGGUGCGUGUGGUGUUCCACGACCGGCGUCUGCAGUACACAGAGCACCAGCAGCUGGAGGGCUGGAGGUGGAACCGCCCAGGUGACCGCAUCUUGGAUAUUGAUAUCCCACUCUCUGUUGGCAUGUUGGAGCCACACAUCCACCCUACGCUGCUCAACACGGUGGAGUUCCUGUGGGACCCCACCAAGCGGACAUCUGUCUUCGUCCAGGUUCACUGCAUCAGUACUGAGUUCACACUACGCAAGAAUGGGGGCGAGAAGGGCGUCCCCUUCCGCAUCCAGGUGGAUACAUUCAAGGCCAAUGACAAGGGCGAGCACAUGGAGCACUUGCACUCGGCCAGCUGCCUUGUCAAGGUUUUCAAGCCCAAGGGAGCGGACAGGAAGCAGAAAACUGAUCGGGAGAAAAUCGAGAAGCAGGGCCUGCAGGAGCGAGAGAAAUACCAGCCAUCCUACGAGAGCACUGUACUGACAGAGUGUGCCCCAUGGCCAGAAGCUUCCAGCAGUCCCCACAGCCCUCCGACUACUCCCAGCCUGCCCUCUCCUCACACCUUCAAGCUGCUGACUCCUGAAAGGGCAUGCUCCUCCCCCAGCUGUGCCUUGGACAGUCAUGCAGAGAGCACAGCAGAGGCUCUCAGCCCCUGCGCCUCCAUCCUGGAAACCCAGCAGUGGCUGCACAGAAACCGAUUUUCGGGCUACUGCCGGAUGUUGGCUAAUUUCACAGGAGCAGACCUCCUGAAGCUCUCCCGCAGUGACCUCAUCCAGAUAUGUGGAGCGGCCGACGGCAUCCGGCUCUCCAACACCCUGAAAGCCAGGUGCGUGCGCCCUCGGUUAACCCUGUACAUCUCCAGAGAGCCCCAGACCAGUGGAGGGGAGAGCCCUGAGGAGUCACAUUCAGCUGUUUACCAGGAGGUGUACCUGGAGGAGCUCACAGCGAUGGAACUGACCAAUAAACUGGCAGAGCUGCUUAGCCUCCCAGCCAAUCAGAUCCGGCAGGUAUCCAAGCAGGGGCCUACAGGCAUUCUCAUCCUCAUCAAUGACCUGAUGAUCAGAAACCUGCCAGAUGAAUCCUGCUUCAUAGCAGCUGUCACCAAAGUGCAGGCCCCAGAAGGCUACCACUUAAUACUGAGAUAAGCUUAGUCACCUGGGAUGUGACAGGCUGGAGAAGUGCACUGAUAGCAGCAGGUGCCAAAUCACUGUCUGGGAUGAAGAGACUACCGCGAGGUUCUCCUACCACACCAUCUAUCUCCUCCUAGUGCGGGAAGGAAGCUAGGCCAAGGCAGCUGCAGUUCAAAGCUGUGUUUACGAAGCACCCCGACCCCAUGUUUAAAAACAGACGCUGUUCUCUGCUUUCCAUGCCUUUAGUUGAUAGUGUGGAUGGAUGUUUUUAUACUGGUAUUCAAUACUGCACCUUCAGCCAAAGGCCUCCCAUGAAGAGACUGGUGAUAGGGACUAGCUCACCUCCCUGGAUAAAGGUUCAAAUUCAUCCCCUGGCAAUAAGAACUAAUUAAUCACUGGUAGCCUGUGUGCACUGAGUCUGUUGGGAGUCCAUUGCUUUCCCAAUACGUGUGUCAACAUUGCCGAUUAUAGCAGCCAGUUAGUCUGAAGAGACUGAGAUUUUAAACUCCUUGGGGUGGCAAUAGUAUCUCCGUUUGUACAGCACCUAGCACCAUGGGGGUCAUCCUGAAUGAUGAGGGCACAAAUAAGAGCAGGAGGAUUGAAUGGGCCACAGACUGGACUAGGAGAAGCAUGGGGAUAGUUAUGGGCAAGCUUGGACUGCUGCCAACAGUGCUAUACUUGGUCUUUGAGCAGAGGGAUUCUGGGUAGGAUUUCCCAAGCAGCUAAUCAGAGUUAGGCACUCAGCUCCCAAAGAACUGGGUGCCUAAAUCCUUUUGGAUCCUGUGAUAAACUGCAAUCUGCAAUGCAACUUGUCAUUUAAAAUAUUCCCCUCAAUGCCACUCCCUUCUUCCCUCCCCCUUCCCCCCUGCCAAAAAUAAAUAAAUAAAUAAAUAAAUAAAUAACCCUAUUAACCUUAGUCCAAGGUCACUGGGCUUUCUCAAAUGCUGUAUGGUCUGUUAGUAUUAUCAGUGAAAACUAAGUGUAUUCUUUUUUUCAGGAUUCUAUUUAUAUGUGGAUGUUGUAUUGUCUAAUCCUUUUUCUAUUAAAAAAAAUCAGAGCUGAA